AUGGACAAAAAAACAAUUCUAGAAGAGCUUCUUUUAAAGAAGUCACAACAGAAGAAAAAAAUUUCACCAACAAAUUACAAAGAACGUUUGUUUGUUCUGACAACAGCAAACCUUUCUUAUUAUGAAUAUGACAAAGAGAAAAGAGGAAGCAAAAAGGGCUCAAUUGAUAUUAAGAAAAUCCGAUGUGUUGAAACAGUGAAUCUUGAGGAAUCGGCACCUCCUGCAAGACAGUAUCCAUUUCAGAUUGUGUACAAGGAUGGCCUACUCUAUGUCUAUGCGGCUAGUGAACAGAGUCGGAACAAAUGGCUGGCAGCUUUGCAUAAAGAAAUUAAAGACAAUUCUGAUUUACUAAACAAGUAUCACAAAGGAUUCUACACCAAUGGAAAGUUUCUUUGCUGCAACCAGACGUGUAAAACAGCCCCUGGAUGCACAAUCUGGGAGAAAUAUGUGGGUCUACAUUGUACAACCAAGUCUGUGAAACCGCUGCCUCCCAUCCCUCAGACCCUGGAAUCAGUUAUUAGAGAUAGGCUUCUGCAGAAUGGCACAUUUCACCUGAAGACCAGGGUCAAAGAUAGCUUGCACUGCAUCUCCCUUUCAUUUUAUUUCAAAAAGCAGAAGCGUAGAAGCCUACCCCAGGUGCUAUCACCAGAGAAGUCAGACCUGAAGGUAGCUUUGGCCCAGUACAAUUACGAACCCACAGCAAAAUCAACUAUUCGGCUUGUUAAAAGCAAUAAAUAUUUUAUACUGAAAGAAGAAAAUUCUGACUGGUGGCGAGUAAAGGAUUUGGAAGGGAAUGAAGGUUUCGUACCAAGCUCUUACUUGAGAAAGUUAUCUCUGAGUGAUGAUGAGCCAAGAAGUAAAAAAGGAGCAAUCAAACAUUACCAUGUGCACAAAACCACUGAAAACAAGUAUUAUCUCGCUGAAAAAUACUGUUUUGAAUCAAUUUCCAAGCUUGUUCACUACCACCAGCACAACUCAGCCGGUAUGGUGACAAGGCUCCGGCAUGCAGUGUCUACCCAAGCAAAUAAGGUCCCAGCCACAGCCUCAUUAGGAAAUGGAGUUUGGGAGCUGAAACGAGAAGAAAUUGUAUUGUUGAGAGAACUAGGGAGCGGUCAGUUUGGAGUGGUGCAUCUUGGAAAGUGGAAGGGACAAUAUGAUGUGGCUGUAAAGAUGAUCAAGGAGGGAGCAAUGUCAGAAGAUGAAUUCAUAGAAGAAGCUCAGACCAUGAUGAAACUUAAUCAUCCCAAGCUUGUUAGACUGUACGGUGUAUGCUCAAAAUCGUAUCCCAUCUACCUAGUAACAGAAUACAUGCCUAAUGGCUGUUUGCUUAGCUACUUAAGGAGUCAUGGGAAGGAACUGCAACCUCUUCAGCUUCUGGAAAUAUGUUAUGAUAUUUGUGAUGCUAUGGCCUUCCUGGAGAGCUGUCAGUUCAUACACAGGGAUUUGGCUGCUAGGAACUGCUUGGUUGACAGCAAUCUUACUGUGAAAGUAUCUGACUUUGGGAUGACUAGGUAUGUUCUAGAUGACCUGUAUAUAAGUUCACUAGGAACUAAGUUCCCAGUGAAGUGGUCAGCACCAGAAGUUUUUCAUUAUACCAAAUAUAGCAGCAAAUCAGAUGUAUGGGCCUUUG